AUGGCACAGAAAGCGGCAAUUCAAACCUACCCGCCAAUCCAAUCCGACGAGCAAGUUCUAUACAGCCAUCGCGAUAACAGUAACCACCAAAAGACCAACCCAGCCGACCAAGCCCCUCCUCACCCCACCAGUCACCGCGCAAAACAUGCCCGAUCAGGCCACCAGCUAAUCAGCCCACCACCAAAAAGACAAAAUAACGCAGGAACGUCAAAGCCGACAGAAAGACCCAGGUCCAAGCCCAAGCCACAAUUCCAAAUUCCGCGCAAAACACCCGGCACGCUGCAGCCUGCAGCCUGCACGCUGCACCUGCCCGUGCGCCGAUCGCCGAUCAGGGAGUCCUGCAAAAGCAACCAACCCAAUAACAAGCUCGAACCACCACCACCACCACCACCACCAUCCCCAACACAAAGCCCGUCUGACGUGCCCGUGCAGUACCAACGGCUCCAACGGCAACCUCCCACACAACACCAUUUCCGCCUAACUUUAACCCCCAAGCCCCUCGUAGGAUAUCUCCCGACGAGGAAAGUGCCCAAAGCCCGAUACCCAGAUCCAGACUUGCACGUCCAAUCAGCGCGCUGGUGCCGUGCACGGGGUCUGGAUUUGGGAAUCUGGAUCGGUCCCGAGUGGGUAACCGGCUUUGGGUGGCCGAUGGGAAUUGUGGGUCGAAGAAGGGUUCGAGACUGGAAUUGGUCUGGAACUGGACUGGAUUGGACUGGAACUGGAUGA